AUGGCUCACAUUCCUCAGCUCCAACCCCUUCCUGUGCCCCUCGAUAUACAACCCGGGCUGCAACACGCCUGGGAGCCGCUGCUCCCCUCGCUGCGGCCCGUCUGGCCCAGCAAACCCGCUGUGCUGGUGAUACGGGUCGGCUUCCUCAGCAACAGCGAUUCACGGCAGCAGCACCCGCCCCGCACAGCGCGGCACGCACGCAGCCCAGCCCAGCCCGUCCUGCGGCCGCCCCCUGCCCCGCGCCGUCACGGCGGCGGCUCCGCCCAGCGGCCCGGCCCAGGCAGUCGUUGCAGCCCGACUGAGCCCGGAACUCCUCUUCCCUCACGGCCACGGACGGCUGCGUUCCGGCGGGACGGGAGUCGGCCUUCGCUGGGCUCCGCUGCUCUGUGUCCCCCACGCCUCGCUCUCUUCUCCUUUCCUUUCCUCUCCUCUCCGGCGCUGUUGGUCUCUCCGAGCGGCGACGUUGGCGCUGUGUCACCUCCCGGGCUGCUGCUCCCGGCACAUCCCGGGACGGCGCUCAGCCCUGCGGGCAGCUCUGGGCACAGACGGAGCCGUCGGAGCCGCCGGCAGGAGAACGGCCGACUCUUCCCAGCAGAGCAGGCUCCAGUUCAACUUCUGCCUUCCAGCCGUGAUCAUCUCAGCUGCAGGAGAGCAGCAGAUGGCCACAGCACAUGCAUCUCAGCUCCACUUCCAACUCCCAAACCCAUGGUGAUCUCCCUGCUUGAAGGAGGGGAAGAGCCCUGGAUCCCAGAUGUGCGUAGCCCUGAGGCCGUGCCAGGAGACCUCAGCCCAGCAGGAACUGGGAUUGCAGAUACGCUGGAGGACCUGGAGGAAAGUGGUGUGGCCGAAAGGCGGUGGGGUGGUGUCUGUGUGGAAGAAAUGAGAAGGGAUGUCCAAGGAGGCCUGGAGCAAGGUCAGGGUGAGCACAUCAUGGAGCCACUGGGAAAGGGUCUGGGAAAGACAGGGAGGAGCCCGUUGGACUUCAACGUAGGUCAAAAGGAGAUUGAAGAACCCAGGAGCAAGGAUGUGUGCCAGCAGAAAAAGCAGAAUCCAUGCACUGAGUGUGGGAAAACAUUAAAAUAGAUUCCAGCAUCGUUAAUCACCAGUGCAUACGCUCAGCAAUGAAUCCAUACAAGUGCUCUGAUGGGAAGAGCUUCAAAAGCAGUUCUGAAUUGAAGAGCCACGAGCGAUUCCACACGGGGGAGAGACCCUACAAGUGCUUUGAAUGUGGGAAGUCCAUAAAAAGCCGUUUCCACUUCAUCUAUCACCAGUGCAUCAACACAGGGGAGAGACCCUUUACGUGUCCUGAGUGUGCAAAAAGCUUCAAAAGCAGUUCUGAAUUGAAGCUGCACCACUGCAUCCACACAGGGGAGAGACCUUUUAAGUGUCAUGAGUGUGAAAAGAGCUUUAAACACAGAUCUAGUCUCAACACUCAGAAGCAGAGUGCUGAGUGGUUCAUACACAAGGCCAAGGUGUCUUCUCUGUGCUGCAGAAUUUAUUCUUUGGACCAGGAAUGCAGGGUCGCCUCGCCUCCAAGUGUGCUGACAGCAUUUACCACAUGAAUGGUUACCUACUCUUCACUUGUUCAUUUCUGUUCAGUGCAGAGGGAGGCGUCUGCCCUCAACAUGCAAGGUGCCACCAACCCCUGCACAAUCCCUGCAUAAUUUGAGUCUCUCAGGCCAGAAACGCAUGAGGGUCAGGAAAACAGUUAGAACUCAUGCCCCAAGAAGCAUGUUGAGAAUGCAGGGUGUUACAAGCAUAGGGACAGAGCCAGACAGAGUGCUGCAUCAAUACCAGUACCAGCAAAAAAGGGUGGAGAGUCUUAGUUUGGGGGCUACUUGCUGGGGAGCACUGAGGCUCCCAUUUGCUGCCUGACUGAGGGUGCAGUGUCUUGAUCAAGGCUUUGGUUAUUCUGAUCUUGGGCAGGCCUUUGAGAAACUGGGUAUGUGGGCUACUGAUGGACUGAUGGGAUGUUGACACUGUUGGAGAUAGCAGGGAAAAACCUCAUACAGGCACUCCUCAGAGACGGUCAUGUUGCCAAUACCCCAUCCAAAAUCUUCUUGCACACUCUAGGGGUAACUGCACCUGCUGCUUCCCUAAAGUGCCUGUAGACCAGUGCACAUAGCAUGGGAAAUAAACAGGAUGAGCUGGAGCUGUGUACAGACCUUACUUCCCUAAGUCUUCACGACUUGAACUGUUCAUUAGGAUGGUCUCAGUGUUGUAGACAAAGUUUUCCAGGAGCACUGUCCAAAAAAGGAGUUGUCAUAUUUAAGGGUAUUUUUUAUUACAGCAGACACAGAGACAUCAGUGAGUGUGGCUCAACCCCUGUGACACAGAUGGCAGCUCCGUCAGGGAGAGGGAGGCACAGCCAGCAUGGGGAUAGCAUUGUGGGGAUGCAAGAGGGAAAUGUAGUCAAUGAGAGCUGAUAAAUGGAUAUGACUGCACCAGACAAAGAUGGGAAUUAAUGUAGAUGGAGGAGAAAGAAGCCUGUGGAAGAGGCAGAUGCAGGGGGCCAGUUGCUUGUAGCCAAAUGUGUGGUCAGUGUUUGUCUGGGUGGGUGUGUGGGAGGCAUGGGAGGGAGCUGACACCCCUCCAGGACCCAGGAUACCUGAGGAUAAGAUGCCUCAACUGAUUCAGCUGAAUUCUGUCCCCAUGGAAGUGUAAAGGGCUGUCCAGCAGAGUCAGGUAGCUGCAGGGAGAUGUGUGGGGGGAAGGAAGGAGCCCCCCAGCAGCACAGGGACCUUAUGUUGCUAGGGAUGCUGCAUGGGGCUGAGGGUUCACAGCUGCAUUGCAUGCUCAGAGCAUUGCAUAGGGGACUUUUCAAGGAUGACCCAACAUGGGACUUUCUAUCUUAUGCUCAACUGGGUGUGCCUGGCUGCCAUCUUGAAUCUGCCCAGAAUACCAAGUUAGAAGUCCAUGCCUACAUUCACUUUUUGGUCAAGGUGUCCUAAUCCUGAAGUCCAUUUUGCUCUGCUGUGCUGGAGCUGUAUAUGGUGGAUGGGCAUUUUUUAACAAAGUGUUGUUGGUGUUGUUUUAUGCAGAGAAAAUGCCCCAAGGAAAUAUCCUGAAGAAUCACACCACUGAACCUUGAUUUCUUUUGGGAUUUACUGGUCACCCUGGGCUGCCAGCUGUGUGCUUCGCUAUCUUCCUGCUUGUUUAUGUCACAGUUGUCAUUGGGAACAGCCUGAUUGUGCUGGUACCUAUCCCUAUACAUUAUGGAAGUCAUGGGAUCUGGCCCUUCUGGGUCUCUUACUGCCUGGCAGUGGGUGCUGGAGGUGCUUUCCUGGCUGUUCCAAGCUUUUCAGGUUUGACUCGGUCUCAGGAACUCUCUCUCUCCUAUUUUAUUUGAUUUAUUAGUCUCAAUUUCAAUUAGAUUGUAUUAUAUUGUGUUAUCUUGCAUUCCGAUAUCAGUUAGUAAAAUAAGUUUUCCUCCAUA